AUGCCUUUGAAAAAUUCAUCAAAUAAUGUUUUCUAUGAUGAAUAUCGUUGUUUUAAUAAUAAUAUGUAUGAAAAACAUGAAUAUAGAAAAAGAAAAGAUUCUGAUUUAAAAUUAAAUGAAUCGAAAAAAAAGAGUUCAACAUUUCAUUCCAAUGAAAAACGAAAACAUCGUCGAUCAUCAUCUUUUCAUACAAAUAAAAAACCGGAAUUUGAUGAUGCACGAUUAUUUUGUGAUGAUUGUAAUAAAUACUAUGAAAAUAUUUGUCCUCAUCAUAAACAAUCUUAUAUCCCAGAUAGAAAAAUAUCAAAAUCAUCACUUAAAUAUUCCAAUCGAAAAUCAGAUUUAACUUGUCCAGAUGGAUUUAUUAUUAAACCAUCAACUAUACAUAAGGCUGGUAAUGGGAUAUUUACAACAAAACAAUUGGAGAGAAAUACUUUUUUCGGACCUUAUAUUGGAAUACGUCAUUCAAAUUUUAAAAGUGCACAAGAAUCAGGAUAUGCUUGGAGUAUUGCAGAUAAAAAUGGCAAAAUGAUUUAUAUUAUUGAUGGAAAUGAUCCAGAUAAUAGUAAUUGGAUGCGAUAUAUCAAUUGUCCAAAUGCAAUUGAACAACAGAAUAUACAACCUGUUCAAUAUGAUCGAAAUAUGUUUUAUAAGACUAUGCGAAGAAUUUAUCCAGGAGAAGAAUUAUUUGUUUAUUAUGGAGAUGAUUACGCUCGAUUUCUUGAUUAUUUUCGGCCACGUAAAUUGCCUGGAAAUGUAAUCGUUGAAAUUUUUAUCAAUGAUUUAAUUGCAUUGAUUAAACAGAAUAAAAAUUUGAAAUUAGAUAAUUUAUUAUGUGAUCAAGCAUUUAGAACUGCACAGCGAUGUGCAAAAAAGAAACAGAUUUCUCAUACAUCAGUAACUGAUUUAAAGUAUCAAGAGAAAUUUCAAGCUGAGUAUAUUUUUCGUAGUGAUCAACUAAUGGAUGCAAAAACAAUGUAUAAUCUUCUUGAAAAACAUAUUAAAACCGAAAAUGAAUUGAUUAAUAUUCGUCAAUUAGGUAUAGGAGGAGCUUCAACAAGUGAUUUAUCUAUGAAUUAUUAUGUACUUCGAAUUUAUCCAGUUCAAAUAUUGUAA